AUGCGGCGGGUCGGACUACUAGUUUUGAUUUGCUUAAAUCUUUUCGUUCAAGCAGAUGAACAUGAUCACGUUUACAGAGACGCUGAAGAGGUAGUCUUAUGGAUGAACACAGUCGGACCUUACAAUAAUCGGCAAGAGACCUACACUUAUUUCUCACUUCCAUUCUGUAGGGGGCCAAAAGAGACUAUCGGGCACUAUCAUGAGACUUUGGGAGAAGCAUUGCUUGGGGUUGAAUUAGAUUAUUCUGGCUUAGAUAUAAGAUUUAAAGAGAAUGUCCCAAAAAAAGUAUACUGCACUAAGACUUUAACUGAUGCUGAUUAUAAGGCUUUCGUAUAUGCAGUGGCUAAUAACUACUGGUAUCAGAUGUAUCUUGAUGAAUUGCCUUUGCAAGGUGUGGUUGGUGAAAUUGUGUCUUCGACUAAACCAGCGACAUAUAAAUUGUGGACCCAUAAAAAAUUGGAAAUUGGUUACAAUGGGAACCAAAUUGUUGACGUUAAUUUGACGUCGGAUAACAAGAUGACUUUGGCACCCAAUGCAGUAAUUAAAUUUAGUUAUGAAGUAAUUUGGAAACAUUCUGAUGUUGAGUUUGACAGAAGAUUUGAUAAGUAUUUGGACCCUACUUUCUUCCAGCACAGGAUACAUUGGUUUUCAAUAUUCAACUCGUUCAUGAUGGUAAUUUUCCUUGUUGGGUUGGUAUGGAUGAUACUCGUUAGGACACUGAAAAAAGAUUACGCUAGAUAUCAAAAGGACGAGGACCUCGACGAUAUGGAUCGUGAUUUGGGGGAUGAAUAUGGUUGGAAGCAAGUGCAUGGGGACAUAUUUAGAGCACCUUCAUUCCCUAUAUUGUUCUCCUCUCUUAUAGGGGCAGGCUAUCAUAUUUUUACAGUUGUUGUUAUAACAAUUCUUUUGGCAAUUGUUGGGGAGUUUUAUACCGAAAGAGGUUCUUUGCUUAGUGCGGCUAUAUUUGUAUUUGCUGCUGCUUCUCCCGUAAACGGUUUUGCUGGAGGCUCUAUGUAUGCCCGUUUUGGAGGAAAAAGAUGGAUACGUCAGAUGCUUAUGGGGGCUUUUGUAUUACCUUGUAUCAUUUCGAGCGUGGCUUUUUUGGUUAAUAUCGUCGCUAUAUUUUACCAUGCAUCUCGAGCAAUUCCGUUCACUGUAAUGGUUGCUGUCACUGCUAUUUGCUUAUUUGUUAUUUUGCCUCUCAACUUAGUCGGAACUGUGCUCGGACGUAAUGUGAAGGGUCAGGGCGAUUAUCCGUGCCGCGUCAAUGCUGUCCCCCGUCCAAUACCUGACAAAAAGUGGUUUUUGGAGCCGUGGCUUAUCAUUCUGCUUGGUGGUGUCCUUCCUUUUGGAUCAAUUUUUAUCGAAAUGUAUUUUGUAUUUACUUCGUUUUGGGCCUAUAAAAUCUAUUACGUCUAUGGAUUCAUGCUUCUUGUUACCGUUAUACUAGCUGUGGUCACAAUGUGUGUCACAGUUGUCUGCUCAUAUUUUCUGCUUAAUGCUGAGGAUUAUCGUUGGCGUUGGACCAGUUUUUUGUGUGGUGCGUCCACGUCGUUUUACGUUUAUCUUUACUCGAUAUAUUACUUUAUGUUUAAAACCAAGAUGUAUGGCCUUUUCCAAACUGUAUUCUACUUUGGAUAUAUGGGGUUGUUCAGCGUCGCGUUAGGGCUUAUGUGUGGAACUAUCGGAUAUGUUGGGACGGCGAAAUUUGUUCACAAAAUCUAUUCAACUGUGAAAAUCGACUAG